UUACAGAAUGCCGACGAGAGCGUUUCUACUGCUAGCCCUAGCGCUUGCCUCAGCUGCCACGGCUGUUCAUGGCCAGGCUGCCGGCUUCCUUCUCUACACGCGCCGCACCGCGGAGAGUCCGCAAACCCUUGAGCCGGAGGUGGAGUCGCUGGUGCGCAGCUCUUUCUAUGCCGCCGAUCCCAUUGUGCUAUCCCUUCCCCGCUGGCUGGGCAACAGCUCCGCGCCGGAGCACUCGGCCGUGGUGGCCGCCCAACUGGAACAGCGGGAGUGCAAUGUGAUUACCGUGGAUCUGGCGGAGACCACGGACGAGGCAGCCAUCACCGAGAGCGUGGGCAGCCUGAUCGAGCUGCUAAAUCGAAACUUUGAUGUCCCGCUGGCGCGGAUUCUGCUCGUGGGCUUUGCGGAAGGGGCCCAUCUGGCGGGCGCUGUGGCUGCCAAAGUGCAGACCGCUCUUGGCCAGCGACUCCCGCAGCUGACAGCCCUGGAUCCCACUGAAGCCUCUCUGCAGCAUGUGCUAUCGCCCUCCGAUGCGCAGUUCGUGGAGGUUGUGCACACCAAUGGCGGCGGCUUGGGCACCUUGGAGCGCCUGGGCCAUGUGGACUACUACCCCAAUGGAGGGGAGACACAGCCGGGCUGUGUGGAAGAUUCCUGCUCGCAUGAGCGCUCCUUCGAGCUGCUCGCGGAGAUGUGGUCCCCGGAGAACGACUUUGUCAGCGCCCUCUGCGGCUCCGUGGAGACAAUGAACGUUCAAAACUGCCGCUGGACGUCCCUCAAGAUGGGACAAAGGAGCCAACGGGAACCCACACCCGGCAUCUACUUCCUGGAGACGCGCAGCGCCCAGCCCUUCGCCAGAGGAGCCUACCACAUCAGCUUCCUGUGAACAGACCCAAUAAAGAAAGCCCCCAGAAACGAUGGAAACAAAGGGGCAGGCCAGGCCUGUCAUUAGUCAUUGCAGCCCUGUGCCCCCCC